AUGUCAACGCAUUUCCCCCCCUUCUCCCCCUCAUCCCCCUCUCUCCUCAACCACCAUGGCUCCCCGCAAGCCCCAGCCCAAGAAACCCAGGCAUCCCCCCCUGCUGCUGCCCCUGCUACUCCCCCUCCUCCUUGUGCUUCUCCUCCUGCUCCCCCCUUGGACAACUCACUCUCCUCCCUCAACUUUAACCCUCCUGCUCCCCCUUCCCCUGCUCCUCUCUCUGCAACAACUCUGGUCUCCUCUCCUUGCCCUCCCUCUGCCACUGACACUCCCCAGCCUGUGAGUGUCAUGCAGACUCCAGCAUCUGGCCAGAAGAGGCCCUCUGAAGAGUCAAACAUGAGCCCCAGUGCUCCCAAGCGUCCCAAGCAACUUCCUGGCAAGCAUGUCAACAAUGUGGUGGACCUUACAAAGGAAACAAAGAAGGCCCUCACCCUCAAGGAGAAGCUUGUGGCAAAGGACCAGGAGAUUUUGGCUGAGAAGGCCAAAGCACUUGCCUCUGAAGCCUGCAUUGCCAAAUUGCUGAAGCUUCUUGAGCAGGAGAAGAACAAGAACAAGAAGGAAGAUGCUGCCAUGUCCACACUCAUCCCUAAGCCACCGGGGCAAGCUGGGCAUGGACACAAUUACAAUGGCUACAACCUCCAGAAAAAAAUGGGCCUUGGGGAGCAGAGGGAGCUCUUCAAAUCAAUCCAAAAGUAUGACUUGGACGUGCAGAAGAACAUCACUGCACAUCCCCCUGCCCUCCUCUCAGCAAUCUAUGCCUAUGCUCAUGAGAAGGCUCCUCAGCUUGCUGCAUUCGAAGAAGACUGGGUGACCUGUGCUAUCAUCCAGCAGUUUGCCAAGAAUAGGAAGUACAACAACUGCAUCAAGAAAGAAGAGAUUGCUGCAGAGAAGGCUAGGCUGGAGAAUGCAUGGGCAGAGGGGGAGGAGGGGGAGGGGGAGGGGGAGGAGGGAGGGGGAGGGGGAGGAGGAGGGGGAGCACACUGA